UCAGCUAACAACAACAGCUAACAGCCAACAGCCAAAUGAUGUGGAAAUGUAAAUGGGAGACAUUUCAACUGAUGCGACUGCUGCUGGUGCUGAGCAUUUUAAGUGCCGUCUCAUGCCAAGUGCUGCAGUCAUUUCCCAAGCUCUGCGAUGUGCGCAAUUUCGACGACUUUCUGCAAAAGACUGGCAAGAGCUAUGUGGAUGAGCGGGAGCGGGAUUAUCGCGAGAGCAUCUUUCUGGCCAAGAAGUCGCUGGUGGACUUGACCAACACUCGUGCAGGCGGCUACAAGCUGAGCCUCAACAUCUUGGCGGAUAUGACGCGCAAAGAAGUUGUCACGCUGCUGGGCUCCAAGAUCUCAACGCAGGGCGAGGAACUCACCGGGCGUCACAUAAACUUUGUGCCAGCCACAACAAUUGAGUUGAGUGACAAUCUGCCGGAUGCGUUUGAUUGGCGUGUAGAGGGCGGCGUGACGGCGGCGGGAUUUCAAGGUGUGGGCUGUGGCUCUUGCUGGUCGUUUGCCACGACGGGCGCACUGGAGGGUCAUCUGUUCCGGCGCACUGGUCUGCUGGUGCCGCUGUCGCAGCAAAAUCUGAUGGACUGUGCCGACGACUACGGCAACAUGGGCUGCGACGGCGGCUUCCAGGAGUACGGCUUCGAGUAUAUACGCGAUCAUGGGAUUACACUGGCCAACAAGUAUCCCUAUGUGCAGUACGAGAUGCAGUGCAAACAAAAUGAAACCGCUGGGCGCUAUCCACGCGAGAGUCUCGUCAAGAUUCGCGACUAUGCGCGCAUUGAUCCAGGCGAUGAGCAAAAGAUGAAGCAGGUGAUUGCCACGCUGGGACCGCUGGCCUGCUCGAUGAAUGCAGGCGCCAUAUCCUUUGAACAAUACGAUGGCGGCAUCUACGACGAUGAGGAGUGCAAUGCCGACGAUGUUAACCACUCGGUUGUAGUGGUGGGCUAUGGCUCCGAGAACGGACGCGACUAUUGGAUUGUCAAGAACUCGUACUCGGAGAACUGGGGCGAGUCCGGCUUCAUGCGCUUGCCACGCAAUGCAAACAGCUUUUGUGGCAUUGCUAGCGAAUGCAGCUAUCCCAUACUUUGAAGCCAACACUCACAUUGAAGCU